AUGAAGAAGGUGGUCCCGGUCGCUACCUCAACACCAAAGAAACCAGUCAAGAGUCAUUCUCUACACAGCAGCAUACAGAAGAAAGAAAAACAGAAAUUGACCAAUAAGAGCGACAGCACGGUCACCUGUGAUAGCUUCGUUAAAACAGACUCUACAAGCUCUUACAGGCAGGCUAUAAGUACUGAGUUAGACUAUUCCUCCAUGUCUCCAAACUCCGGUGCUUCAUCAGACAGCGCGGGCGCUGUACAAGGAACUCUAGUAUCACCACGCAGUCAAGACCUUCACGACUCAAGGUAUUACGUCAUACAGCCAAGAAGCAAAGGCAUAUCAUCAUACAGCCUAUUUUUUUUAUCAUUCAGUACCGGCGUUAGUACUUUCCGUGAGGAUACUUCCGGUGAGUGGGGCCAGUUCUGGGCGAACUAUAACAACUCACUGGCGAGCGUGCCCAGUAGAUACUACGACCAAUGUCCAACACCUUAUAGAACUGAGGACAUUGACCUGGCGGAUUUAGGUUCGAGAAAACGCUCACCAGAAAACAUUAAAACGAUCAACAAUAUAAUAAGAAAUGAAGGAUUACAUCUUACACCGAGAGAAACACAGAAUAUUAUUAAAUGCGCCCACAUACUUGGUAAUGUACUCACAAAAGCCAUCGAAAGACAAUCGAAAGAGUAUGAAUACAGCCAAGAGAAAAUACAAGAGCUGUACGUCGAUAAACCGAUGCCUGAAACGGAAUUAAAAAAAAAGAAUCUGACAUUAGAUCUGAAAGAGACAGUACUACCUCUGGAGGUUAAAGAGGAAAAGAGAUGGGAGAGCGUACCGACGCAAACUGACAUUUCGCUGCCAAAUACGAAAAGCGCGCCGAAAAUAUUCGAAAGUAUUUUAAGACAAUUAUCAAGAAGUUCGAUUGACGAAGCUGAAAGGACGAUAGUUGAAUGCCAAGAAGAGAAUAUAGAAGAGAAUGAGAGUAAAGAAACAAAAUAG